CACGCUGGGAUGGUACUCGGAUGUCUGCAGAGACGGCUGCAGAGGGGAGUGGUGGUGGGAGCGCCGUCUCGUGGUGCUUCCUGAGCUGGAUUUAUGCCUCUCAGCUGCUGACUGGCUGACAGACGAGCGAGCUGAGCGGCUCAGGCAGUGCUGCUCCUCCAGCUGCUCACCGGGGCGAGAGACACACAGAGAGAGAGAGAGAGAGAGAGCAACACUCAACGCCAGCAGAUGGUGCGGGAGCAGUACGUGGCCACCACCCCGGGCAGCAGCCCGCCGGGGCCGGUGCCCGACAACGUCUACAAGAUCGGCAUCUACGGCUGGAGGAAGCGCUGCCUCUACCUGUUUGUCCUCCUGCUCAUCGUCAUCUUGGUGGUGAACUUCGCCCUCAUCUGGAUCCUCAGGGUGAUGUGGAUGGGGCUCCUACAGGUGAACCCGGAUGGGGUCAAGCUGGACGAGGGCGAGUCGGACUUUCUUUUCCCCGUCUACGCUCAGGAAAUCCACUCCAGAGAAGACGCGUCCCUCCUCGUGCACUCAUCGGAAAACGUUUCGCUCAACGCCCGCAAUGAAAAUGGUGAAGUCACAGGGAGGAUUUCUGUGGGUCCUACGGAGGCUCAGGGACACACUCGAAAUCUGCUCAUCAGCUCCCACAACAACAACAUGCUGUUCACCGCAGAUGGCGGCCAGGCUGCGAUUGGACCGGACAAACUACGAGUCACAGGUCCUGAAGGAGCCCUGUUCCAGCAUUCAGUGGAGGUUCCCCUGCUGAGAUCUGAACCCUUGAAGGACCUGUGGUUGGAGUCUCCCACUCGCUCUCUCACUGUGGAAGCCCCAAGAGGAGUUCACUUCAAAGCGCUGGCCGGAAACAUUGAAGCUGCUUCCAACAUGGACAUCGUCCUGCAGUCGACUAUAGGACUGCUGGUGCUGGAUGCCGAGACGGUGCGCAUGCCGAGCUUGCCUCUGGGCGGAGGAGGGGUCUCUGGAAAUGAUCAGGGUCUCUACGAGGUGUGCGUCUGCCCCAGCGGGAAGCUCUUCCUGUCCAAGGCCGGGGUCACCUCCACUUGCGGCGAGGAUCAGGAUUGCUAGAACGGGCCCUCGACGAGGUUUUGGGAGAUUUUCCCAUCCCUCGGUAGAUGCAUCGUCCGGGAGGCACAAAAAGCACAACUGUUUUAUAUUUUAAAGUCUUUAUACCACAGUGGGUCACCGAUCUCACAGCUCAGAUCCCACUGACACAUUGAGGCCUGUAAAAAUACAAACGCCCGCUGGCGAACACGUAGGAGACGUCAUGAAGUGCAUCCUUUUUUGAGUUGCAUUUGUGAUCUUCUAAACCAUUCAGCUGAAAUGCAUCGUUCCAAAUUCAGCAGCAUCAGAGCUUUGUGAAGAUUCUUUUACAGGCACAGUAUCAUGGCUGGGCAAUGAGGAGCUGGUAACAGCUUACAUCCUAUGCAAUAUUACCUUGUGGUGCAAUAAAUAAAUUGACUCGUAUCAAGGGCUUGGAAUAAUUCUAAAUAUCUGAAAUGCAGAUAGAAUGUUUUUUUGGUGGACACAACCCCUCUGGGUCCAAGCCCUCGAUAGGAAUUCUUUCGUUUUUUUUUAAUUUUGUCUUGGUUUUUAGCAUGUUUUUAAUUAAUGGUAAAUAUCUUGUCAUUGUCGGUAAAAAAAAAGAAAAGGUUUUUUUGUUGUUAAUUUUCACUGACAUAAAACACUCCGCAUCAGACUUGUUUAUUUUUGUUUCAACUCCUUUUUUAAGGGUUGAAAUUAAAAUACUAUGUGCUUACGGUACCCUGAAGUGUUACUAUUUUGGUAUUGAGUGUGUGCAAUUGUUUACGUUUUUUUUCUAGUUAAUAAAAUGAUGUAUGUUUGGAGUUUGUAUUUUUAUGCCCAACAUAAGCAUCCACUUAGUUACAAGACAGUUUUUUUUUUCUUGCAAGUGAGCUGCUCUGUUUGUUCAGGAACCUCAUUUAAGACCAAGAGUCUGAAAGAACAUCACUAGUGAUGAAAAUAGAAGCAAAAACUAUGCGUUUCUAAUAGAAUAAACAUAGUUAUCGGUAGGUUAUGAGUAACAGCAUUAUUUUUUAUUUUGGUUUUGUGUCAAAUAUGCCUUUUCUACACAUUAUGCAUGAUAGGUAAUUCGUUAUAUUUGUGUCUAAGAUAAAUUCUUAAUACAGUGUUAUUAAGUAAAAAAGUGAAAAUAUUUUGUAACUUCUGCAUUGAGGUUAGCAUUAAUUCAACUGCAAGACUGCAAAAGUACUAUCUCAAUUGUAUCAUUAGUAUUUCUAAGUAGCAGUAAUAAUUAGCAGUUCUCACACAUGUUCUGGCAUAUUUUAAUGGUAUGUAAUGUGUAUUUAUUUUUGUAUGUUGAAUAAACUUUGUGCUAUUCAAUGAU